AAAAUAAUGCUUGUCCAACCUCAUGAAGACAAACAACCAGAUUGGCUAUCACAAACGACGGAAUGCUCCACUAACGUUACUGUACUGUAUACCGUAGCAUAAACGAACGUGCAGCCCCGGGUCGCUAUGGUACUCGACAUUGGAGCCGGUUCACACCAAUGUCGCGCGCAGUGCCCCCGAGGACAAGUGGACCUUUCUCGGCGAUAAGUUGGAAGAGCGCGCGACUUUUCAUGGUUGCGAAACCGCCGGUAAACAAUGCCUAUCCUCAUCUGUCAGACCAAGGUCCAUCAUCAGCUGGCCCGUGGUCCUCCCCUUGUCCGUCUACUGCCUGGGCGUCAGCCUGGUCUACGCAGCACGGGAGAAGUACAGACGAGCAGCCAGGUCCAGAUCUGACCCCGACCCCGACGACGAGGACAACAAGGACAACAACAGGAAGCCCAAAUACAGAGAGGGACUGGAGACUGAAGGCCGCAGGAACUAGCGCCGUGCUCUCCUCCAACAAUAGAAACGGAGGCACGAUCUGUCACGCCUCUCCAGACGUGCAGUUUUCUCAUGAUACAGUUCAGGCUCAUGCCCAGCAUGGAAGUCGCUUGCGGAAUCCGUCCCCUUCUUAUCCUUCUGUGGUUCCAACAGCUCCAUCGGCAACCAUGACCUUCCCAGUACUAUGGUCAGGCACCUCGCGCACCGCCUCGCCGCCCUGGCUGGAUUGUCUCAAGCACAGAAUAAAGACCGCCAUUGCGAAGUGGAAGAAGGGCGAAAUGUAUCCCCUCAACUGCCAGGUCAAAGGGCACGUGCUGGCGCUGUUGGCUGUUCUUGCGUUUGCCGCCUUAGUGCUGUGAUAGAAUGGCCUGACGCCUUUCAGGUAGUUGGUCAAGGUAUAUAGCACAAGAGCUGUCGUUCUAGCAAAUCAUAAAAGUUACACGAG